GCCGCUCGGUGAGUGACGGCGGGCCCCGCCCCCGCUGGGGUAUGGGCGUUACCCAGCAUCCCCCGCGGGCUCCCCGACCCCCCCCCACCGCCCCCCGGGCUGGCAGCGCCGCCGGGGCUGGUUCGGGUACCAUGUCUGUCUUCCGCUCAGGCCUGCUGGUGCUCACGGCCCCGCUCUCUGCCCUGUCUCUGCGCCUUGUGCCCAUCCUGGCCUCGGCCUCCCGGAUCGUGGAGGAUACGCUCUACAUUCACCUACAGCCGGGCCUCAGCUUGACCGGCUCUUCGCAGCCCGGGUCCACCUACGUGCCAGCCACACCCGAGGUCUAUAGCCUCAUCAACAAGCUGUAUGCGGACGCUGACACCCACAGCCACCUGGACGUGCGGGUCCUGCUGACAAACAUCCGCAACCAGAGCCUGACACAGCAGUCGCUGUCCUCGGUGCAGAACCUCUCCCACCCGCCCGAGGUGAUCCUGACCGACUUUCAGACCAGUGAUGGGGGCCAGUACAACCCAGUCAAGCAGCGCCUGGAGCGUUAUGCCACCAGCUGUUACAGUUGCAGGCCCAAUCUUAUCUCUGUGCUGCUGUACCCAGACUACGAGCCCAUGAUGGACCAAAGCGAGCUGCCCCCAUGGGAGCCAGGCUUGGAUGGCGGGGCUCUGCGGAGUUACAGCGAUGUCGUUGUAGGGGGCACUUUCGACAGACUCCAUAAUGCUCACAAGAUCCUUCUGAGUGCCUGCUGCCUGCUGGCUGAGAACCGGCUUCUGGUUGGUGUCUCUGACAAGGAUCUUCUGGAGAAUAAGACGCUGAAGGAGCUGAUCCAACCAUACGAGCAACGAGUGGAGAAGCUCUGUGAGUUCCUGGUGGACGUGAAGCCCUCUUUGCGUUAUGACAUUGUGCCUCUGGUAGACCCCUAUGGCCCAUCGAUAACGGACCCUGACCUGGAGUGUAUAGUAGUCAGUGAGGAGACCCGCAAGGGAGGGGUGGCCGUGAACAAGAAGAGACUUGAAAAUGGGCUCUCCGAGCUGGCCCUCCACGAGAUCCUGCUGGUGAAAGAUCUCAGGCACGGAGAGAACGAAGAGGAAAAGAUCAGCUCCUCCAGCAUCCGGCAGAGGCUGCUUGGAACGCUGCUGCAGCCGCCACAGAAAGGCCCGGCCCAGCCUUCUCGUCCCUAUGUGAUCGGUCUGACUGGAGGAACUGGAAGUGGGAAAAGUUCCAUUGCCAGACACUUGGAACGCCUCGGAGCUUUCCUCAUCGAUGUUGACAAACUGGGCCACGAAGCCUAUGCCCCAGGUGGCCCUGCAUAUGAGCAGGUGGCAGAGGAGUUCGGAGAAGACAUUUUGAAUGAAGAUGGGACAAUUAACAGGAAAAUCCUGGGGGCCAAAGUGUUUGGAAACCAGGAGCGGUUAAAGUGUCUCACGGACAUCGUGUGGCCGGUGAUUGCUAAGAUGACAAAGAGGCAGCUGAAUGAAGCAGCAGACCAGGGGAAAGUGGUGUGUGUGCUGGAUGUCGCCGUGCUGCUGGAGGCCGGCUGGACAGAUAUGGUCCAUGAGGUCUGGAUGGCCAGCGUCCCGGAGAAGGAGGCCCUGCGCCGCAUCGUGGCCAGAGAUGGGCUGAGUGAAGAGGCUGCUCGCAACAGGCUGCAAAGCCAGUUGAGCAACGCCCAGAGGGUGAAGCAGUCCCAUGUUGUGCUGUGCACCCUCUGGGAGCCGGAGGCUACCCAGAAGCAGGUGGAGAAGGCCUGGGCCCUCCUGCAGCAGCGCAUCGGCCAAGACUAGAGUCUUGGGACCUGGUGGUUUUUCCCAUCACUCCCGUCUCAUCUUCCUGCACAGCCAGACUGGGAGUCCCAGCACUGCUGGGCCCUGCUGCCAGGGGCUGAGGGCCUGCGCUCUCGACCCCACUCUAUCUCACACCGUGUUCG